AUGAAGCCGUCACUCGCACUCGUCGCUCCAUCGCUCCUCCCGCGGCUGUGCCUCUCGGCCGUCGUGACAAUCACCGCUCCCCCAGCCAUCCCGUCCGACGAACCGCAGUGGAAGACGGCCGACACGUUCACGUCGGCCAUCCUCAACAGCACCAACUUCUACCGCGGGGAGCACAACGCCACCGCCGUCUCGUGGAACGAGACCCUCGCGUCCUUUGCCGCCGACCACCUCGCGCGGAGCGGCUGCCGGUUCGAGCACUCGGGCGGCCCCUACGGCGAGAACCUGGCCGAGGGGUAUCCCAACGCCACGGCGAGCGUCGAGGCCUGGGGCGACGAGAGGGACCGCUUCGACUUUGGGGACCCCGGGUUCGCGCACGAGACGGGCCACUUCACGCAGCUGGUGUGGAAGAGCACCACUGCCGUCGGCUGCGGCAGGCGGCUGUGCGGCGAGUCCGGGUGGUAUCUCAUGUGCGAGUACUGGCCGAGGGGGAAUGUCAUCGGCCAGUUUGGAGACGAGGUCGGUCGGGAGAUAUCCGCCGCGGCCCUGUUGAGGCCGAGUAUCGUGUCUGUUGUGGCUCUGGGCAUAUGCGCUGUGAUAUUGGUCGCGGCGUAA